GCGGCCGCCGUACUCGCGAAGUCCUCUGCACCGGAAGUCUCUCUGUCCCGCUUCAUGGUUCAUACAGAUCCUUCUUUUCCCCACAACCUAAACCCCGUCUCCGCAUAUACAGCUACUCUAAUUCUUCCAGGUUAACUGACUCCAUCUCUGUCUUCUUCGUUCAGCCCUGACUUUACCUGUAUCUUCGGAGAAAUGUGGACUUCAAUUCCGCUACCAACCCGCUCUACUUCCGGAAUCCCUGGAAGCUUCCCGUUGCCAUGGCGACUCUGUACACAGCGGAUCGCUGGCUGUCCUGCUUGCAUACUGGGCUCCAUCAAGUCGCUGCAGUUAUAGCGGUCUCUCUAUCCAAGCGCCGCUGCCUUGCGAGAAUGGGUACUACUAGGAAAAAGGUUCAAGCGUUUGUCCGCAUCAAGCCUACUGACGACUUUGCUCAUGAAAUGAUCAAAUUUGGAGAUGACAACAAAAGCAUUGAUAUUCACUUGAAAAAAGAUUCUCGAAGAGGAGUUGUCAAUAACCAGCAGACAGACUGGUCAUUCAAGCUGGAUGGAGUUCUUCAUGACACCUCCCAGGAUUUGGUUUAUGAGAUGGUCGCCAGGGAAGCGGUUUCUCAAGCCCUCGAUGGAUACAAUGGUACCAUCAUGUGUUAUGGGCAGACGGGAGCUGGCAAGACAUACACCAUGACGGGAGCAACUGAGAAUUACAAGCACCGGGGUAUUCUGCCUCGUGCCCUGCAGCAGAUUUUUAGGAUGAUUGAAGAGCGGCCCACACAGGCCAUCACUGUACGAGUUUCCUACCUGGAAAUCUAUAAUGAGAACCUGUUUGAUCUCCUGUCCACUCUGCCAUAUGUUGGACCCUCAGUCACACCAAUGACCAUCUUGGAAAACCCUCAGGGGGUCUUCAUUAAGGGCUUAUCGGUCCAUCUCACAAGUCAAGAGGAGGACGCAUUCAGCCUCCUCUUUGAGGGAGAGACCAACAGGAUCAUCGCCUCCCACACAAUGAACAAAAAUUCAUCCAGGUCACACUGCAUUUUCACCAUCUACAUGGAGGCCCAUUCUCGGACCUUAUCAGAUGAAAAGUAUAUCACUUCCAAAAUCAACUUGGUAGAUCUUGCAGGCUCAGAGAGGCUCGGCAAGACAGGGUCGGAAGGUAGAGUCCUAAAGGAGGCCACCUACAUCAACAAGUCACUGUCAUUCCUGGAGCAGGCCAUCAUCGCCCUUGGCGACCAGAAGCGGGACCACAUCCCUUUCCGGCAGUGCAAGCUCACCCAUGCCCUGAAAGACUCCUUAGGGGGAAACUGCAAUAUGGUCCUUGUGACCAACAUCUAUGGAGAAGCUGCCCAGUUAGAAGAAACGUUGUCAUCACUGAGGUUUGCCAGCAGGAUGAAGCUGGUCACUACUGAGCCUGCCAUCAACGAGAAGUAUGAUGCUGAGAGAAUGGUCAAGAACUUGGAAAAAGAGCUGGCAUUGCUUAAGCAGGAACUGGCCAUCCAUGAUAGUCUGUCCAACCGCACCCUCGUGAAUUACGACCCCAUGGAUGAGAUCCAGAUUGCUGAGAUCAACUCCCAAGUGCGGAGGUACCUGGAGGGGACACUGGACGAGAUUGACAUAAUCAAUCUAAGACAGAUUCAGGAGGUAUUCAACCAGUUCCGAGUGGUUCUGAGCCAACAGGAGCAGGAAAUAGAGUCUGCCUUGCGCAGGAAGUACACUCUCAUAGACAAGAAUGACUUUGCAGCCAUUUCUGCUGUCCAGAAGGCAGGGCUUAUGGAUUUGAAAGGUCAGCUGGUGGGUGAGCCCGAUGGACAAAGCUUUGGACUUGGGGUUGCUUCUUUUGCUGCCAAACCUGGGAAGAAACCCAAGUCCAAGAAGACAGUGAAAGAGCAGUUCAGCGCCUUAGCAAGAAAGGAAGGUGCCAGCAGUCCUGUGAGUGGCAAGGACCUUGAUAUGAUUUCCAUCUCUAAGACCCAGCUAAUCUCUUCUUCCAAAGAUGGGGAUAUCAAAGACAUGAUUCAACGUGACAGAGAGCCUUCCCUGGCUGAGCACCUUUCCUCAGACUCUCCAAAAGAUGAAGCACGCCCACCCAGACCUAGUACCCCACCCUCUAAGCCUGUGGCCUUUGAAGAGUUUAAGAAUGAACGAGGUAGUGAGAUCAACCGUAUCUUCAAAGAAAACAAAUCCAUCUUGAAUGAACGAAGGAAAAGGGCCAGCGAGACAACCCAGCGCAUCAAUGCCAUCAAGCGGGAGAUUGACGUGACCAAAGAUGCACUGAAUUUCCAAAAGUCGCUACGGGAGAAGCAAGGUGAGUAUGAGAACAAAGGCCUGAUGAUCAUCGAUGAGGAGGAAUUUCUGCUGAUCUUGAAGCUCAAAGACCUGAAGCAGCAGUAUCGAAAUGAGUACCAAGAAUUGCGAGACCUCAGGGCUGAGAUCCAGUACUGCCAGCGCCUGGUGGACCAGUGUCGACAUCGCCUGCUCAUGGAAUUUGACAUCUGGUACAAUGAGUCUUUUGUCAUUCCGGAGGAUGUUCAGGCAGCACUGAAGUCGGGCAGCAGCAUCCGGCCAGGCAUGGUGCCUGUCAACAGGAUUUUGUCUCUGGGAGAAGAUGACCAGGACAGGUUCAACCAGCUGCAGCAGACUGUCCUGCCUGAGGGUCCUGAUUCCAUUUCCUUCUACAAUGCCAAAGUCAAGACAGAACAGAAGCACAAUUAUAUGAAAGCCUUGGUGGGUCUCCAACAGUCCCACAGAAAAUAGUCUCAUCAAUAGCCUGAAGACCAGCAGCUCUAGUCUGUUUUAAGGAAGCUGCUACACACAUGCCCAGAGCUCCAGCCACCCUGCUGCAAGCUGAACCAAACCGAGAAACAGUCGCCUGCCUUCUGGGAAGGGUGUCCUCCCACCCUUGU